AUGCUCCCUGCGGUGACCACUCCCACCGGCCUCAGGAAGUCCAUAUCAGUCGACUCGUUCGUCAAGAACAAACCGCUCAUGCCCCCGGCUCGCCCCACCCCUCCAAGCCCCCUCUCGGCCGACUUCCGUGCUUCCCAGGCUGACGCCGACAGUCAACAGCCUGCUUCUGCACACGCGAGCACGGGUGGGUUCCGCCCGCCAUGGGCAGACCGACGUGGUCCUCCGCCCGCUCCGUCGACGCGCAGCCGAGGGACGAGCAUUAGCACUGCAACAGACGACCGCGACGCGAUCUUUCUGGACGAGUCUGAUGUUGAACGCUCGGAGGAUUUGUCGAGGCGCUCUCGCAAGGGGAAGGGAAACUCCAGGCAGUCUGUCAGACCGGGCGAGCUUCCUAUGCCUUCCCGCCUGCAGCCCAAGAGGUCAGUACCUUCCAUGCAUCCUUGCCAAUACCCCCCACCAAUAGUUCCUCCCCGGAGCAGUAGUUUGAACUUCAGGGCCUCCAAGCAGAAGAAUCUCUUGCCGCUGCAUACCCAGUUCCCCACAACGCAGCCCCCUCCUGAGAUAUCUCUGCUCGUCAUCGGCCCCCACGGUUGCGGCAAGUCCACCAUUAUCCAGAAAGGAUUGAAGCACUAUGGACUAGGCAAACCGGAGGAAAUCCAGAUAGAAAGUCCUAAUGGCAGAGGCGUCUUCACAUGUAUGUAUACCCAACGGUCAGGCACGAUUCCUCCGGGACAGGGCAUCCCGGAACAUACCCUUCGCGUGCUCGAGGCCGACGUGUCUACGUUCAAUCUCAGCGACGCCCGCGGGGUCUGGUCGGACGCCACGGAUGUCUGGGAUGGGAUCGUCAUCUGCUACGACGCUACGGACGAAAACUCCAUUCACCACGUCGAGGAUCUACUCAGAGCCUUCGGCGAGCUGCGCGCACCGUGUAUAGCACUAUCGUGCAAGACCGACCUGCCGCAACGAGUGAACCCCAAGGACGCCCACUCGAUACUUCAACAGUACCAAGUUGGUCUGAUUGAAGUCUCGACUGUAACGGAUCAAUCUAAGGAGAGAAUCCGGAAGGCGUUCGAGUUUAUUCUUACUGCAAUCUUCCGUGACCUAGACGGGGUUGAUCUGCCGCGAAAUCCGGCUUCGCCCGCCUGGUUGCUUUCCCAAUCACCCCCACCGUGGGACAUCUCCCGCGCGUCUUCUGCCACGCCCACGGCGUCGUCCUCGGCGCACACCGCCCAGCAGCCCUCCAUUUCAGGCCGACCGUUAGGACAUGUGCCCUCGCAAUCCAUAUCCCAAGGGGCACAACCGGUGCGCGGCUACCAGCGUCCUCUGGGUAGCUCGAUAUCCGGAACGCCCUCGACCCCGACGUCUCCCACUCGUGUGCGUUCGACCGGUGACCUACUCUCCGAGCACGAGAAGUCGAAGAAACGGGCCUCUGUUUAUAAUGGGGGUAGGAAUAGUAGCCACAGCUCUUUCCACUCCCACCAGGUAAUAGGUCUUGGCGCAGACGGACCCUCCAGCAUGACGGACAUCUCGACUUCCGACGGCGCGAGAGAUAUGUCUAUGAAGGAAUCUCGCGCCCCUCCCUGGAUGAGCUUGGAGGAUUUGUUGAAUAAGCUCUUGUUUAUGGCCGUCUGUGACGAUGAUCCGGUGUUCAUCUCCCACUUCCUCCUAACAUAUCGACGCUUCGCAAGUCCGCGAACCUUGUUGCUCUCUAUGCAGAAGCGGAUGAGAUCGCUUGACCACCCCACUGGCGAUCCUAUGUUUGCUUGUUAUGCGCAGAUGAGACUGUGCCAACUCCUGGACUUGUGGCUCAACGUAUACCCAACCGACUUUGCCGUGCCCGGUGCCACGAGCGCACUGGCCGCGCUCAUAAAGUCGAUCAUCACUAAGACCUAUCUCCUCCACUAUGGCGCCGAGUUCCUCCCUUUCUUGGAAAUGGUGUCUGGACUGAAGGACAAGGAUGCCUCCUGGGCGUUGAAGGUUGAGGAAGAGAGUUCCGACACGUCCAGCGUCUCGGACGAGGAGCAUUCGUUCCUCGUACGCUCAACAUCGCCCCGCCCUGCCAGCCCCCCUCCCGUCAAGCAAGAACCCGUCCCGGUCAGCACCCCGAGCGUGCCAUCCGGCUUCGCGCGCGAGCGGAAGGCGAGCUUGCCGUUGACGGCUAAAGCGCUCAUUGCAGCGCCCUCGUUGAAUUCAACAAACCCUUCGCCCCGUCUCCCGCACAGAGAGCCGGAGGACGCCAACGUGGUGUAUCCGGUCAAGUUCAUCUUGCGGUAUCUGCAGGGAGUUAGCCAGUCGCUGCAGAUAGCAGAUCCCUCCGAUAUCGCCCAGGAAAUCACGCGAAUACAGUGCCAGUUCUUCUUGCGCAUAGAGCCGCGCCAUUGGUUGCAGCAUGUGCUCGUGCAGGGCAAGAAGGACUCGGAGUCCGAUCCGAUCACUAUGUACAACCUCAUCUCGAACCACUUCGGCGAAUGGGUGGUGUCGCUGAUCCUCAGCCACGAUAAACCGAAGGGCCGGGCCCGACAGAUCGAGAAGUUCAUCGACGUUGCUAAUCGCUUGCGAAAUCUGUGCAACUACUCCGGUCUGCGGGCCAUCAUCGCUGGUAUCAAUAGUGCCACGUUUGAGGGCGACGAAUCGCUCGAGCUUCUCAGGACCAAGUCCGCGGAGCACUGGAAGAGCUUCCAGCAGUGGGACCAGCUCCUGCAGUCGGUGCGGUCGCAUCAGAAGUACCGGAUGGCGCUGCGCAAUACGAAGGGCGCGUGUAUACCCGCACUGGAAAUUCACCUUUCGGACCUUAUUCGCGCGCACGAGGGAAACCCCGACUAUCAUGACGACGACCCCGGCAAGAUCCAUUGGGCGAAGUUCAACAUGAUGGCCCGUUUCAUCGACACCAUCGUCCAGUGCCAGAAGGGAUGUCGCGAGAGCGGCGAGUACGAGCGGUUCCCAGACCGUGAGCAAUUGCGCAAGUUGUUCAUGAUAGACGAGGAGAACAAGCUCUUGGACUACGACAUGCAACGCGCCCGUAUAGCCCUGCCCGAACUGGACGGCGGGUACGAGGACCCGCUGCGGUCGGGCGGUCCGCGCAUCCCCGCCCGCGACCCCGCGCACCACAAGGACGCGGCGAUCUUCCGCAAGCUGCUGAACUUCUCCUGGAACUGA